GUAUGUAUGUCCAUAAACUUUUUUAUUUUUUGCACAGUUGAGCCCAACCUGACAAACUGGACAACACACAAUAGAUUUAUUUUAGACUACUCUCAGUCUCAGUUUUCAUAAUUCUGCCGCUGGUCGUAUUUUUCUAGGUUGUCCAGGAUGUUGUAACAUGAUUUUAUUGAUGAUGAGGUGGAGAAGUGAAACAAAUGCUUGUGUAAUUGCCAGUAACUAAUACCAGCACCAAGGUAAGAUACACUACAUUCACAGUAAAAGGCUGUUUUUAGACCUCUGCACCACACAAGCAUGGCUCUUGUUCUGAGGCAGCUGGUUCAAAUGAGUCCUGGGUGACGACUCCAGCCGUGAGAACACUGACAUUAACUAGUGCAGUCUCCAGCUACUUUUCAUCUUACUACAACAUAACUGUUUACUCGCAGCAGCUUGUUGGAAGUAAAUUGUAUACAUUCUGGGCUUAACUACACCUUCGUUUCCAGAGUAUACACUACACGGAAAUACUGAGAGGGAUGAAAAACGAGGUUAUUAAAAUGACUUCCUUGUGACAUAAUGUCUAAAUAAAGCCCUGCAGCUUCCUCUUCACACCAGUAACAUUCUCACAAUAUUUAAAACUACUCAGUUAAGCUUCCUCUUUUGUAUAAGUCGUGACUGGAGCAACACAAUAUCAGUGAUCCAUAUCUGUAGACAAUCAAAUUUGUCUGAUACAGUGAGGCCUUUUUUUUGCCUUGUAAAUAGAAAAAAUGCGCCCCAAGGAGUGUAUUCAGUUCUCUUAUCCAUCGGCUAAAUCACUUUAUACUACAACCUUAUAUUGCACCCUGUUCUGGUAAUGGCUAAUAACAAUACAGAAUAUUCUGAUUUGAGGAGCAGCAGCCAAGAUAAACAGACAACCUGUUGCACAAAGAAAAGAUACACACCCAUGAAAUGUGGAUCUUAAAGAAUUCGAUACCACCGUAGCACAGUCUCCCAAGACUUAACACCGCGCUCUCACACAGAUAUCAGGUCACUCCUGUGUGCAGGAUAUUCCACGCAACAGGCUCUGCUUUUCUUAUCACAGUCACAGGCAAAUGAGGCACGCAAUAUGCAAACAUGUGCCACACCUCCCAGUUUUCUAUUUAAAUCCCAAGUAGCCUAUAGUCUGUGCAAGCCCAUAUAGCAUGCAUGCACGACUUUCUGUCAAGUGAUUUGACACAUUUCUUCAAACUGAGCCUCUGAACCAGCCAUCUUAACCUUUUUGUGUAGUGUAAAGAAAAUGUUGCAUCACCAAAUUGGGGUUAAAUCACAUGAAAGAAAAGGACAAUGUGUGUUUGAAGGUUUAUGUUCUAAUCUGUAGAUGAUGUAGAUGUGAUGGCAGUAUUUGCUAUUUAUGAAAAGAAAUCUUUGUGUUCAUUUUGCAGUGGGAUUGUGCUCUUUUACAAAAUGCUUUAACUGCUGUGAGGCCAUCAACCUGUUUGGGGAAAUGUGGUGAACCAGCUGAAUGAAAGGGUUGCAACUGGGUAGACAAGUGUGAGAGAGAGAAAGAAAGAGGAAGACAGAGGAGGAGCCUACAGAGGAACAGGACUAGGGAGGUCAAGAUAGAGCGAUAGGAGGGUCCUUCCUGAGUUCCACUCGCUCUGAAUGCUCUGUGGCCCCGUUCUCUCUUCCUUUCACUCACAAAUUAUGGACUAAAGCAAGAGAAGGAAUUUCAUUUCUGAAAGUGGCAUACUGUUCACCUCUGAGAUGAGUGACCAAGACAGCAGUGCCAGUGACAGGCUGUCACUGAGCUCCCACACAGAGGGAGAGAUGGAGGGAGAAGCAGAGCAGGAUGAAAAACUGGGAGAAAGCAAAGCCCCCAGUUUCUCCCGGUUCUCCGCGUCCCUGCGUGCUGUGAUACGGAUCAAACAGAAGUACCAAGCCAUGAAGAAGCGGCGUCUGGAGCUGUCAGCUGGCCCGGGAGGAGCCGGAUUCCCUCCAGGAGCCCCGGUGCGUACCAGCCCUAAGAUCUUCACCUUUGAUGGUCUGACCCCCUCGUCCCUCCCGUCCUCUUUACCCACCGUUCCCCAGAGAAAAAAGAGAAGAAACAAGAGGAGGGUGCUGUUUCCCAAUGGAGGUGGGCGCAGGGCCCCACCCACACAGGAGCGCAGCCGGGCCAAGUACUGCCUCUACCUGCUGUUCGCCAUCGUCUUUCUCCAGGUGUACAACGCCAUAGAGAACCUAGAUGACCAUGUGCUGCGAUAUGACCUGGAGGGGCUGGAGAAGACGCUGAGGAGGGAGGUGUUUGGUCAGCAGGGAGCAGUGGAGGGUCUGUUGGCCCACCUGAAGGACUACCUGUCCACCUACGUCCACAACAAGCCCCUGGUCCUGUCCCUGCACGGUCCCAGUGGGGUGGGGAAGAGCCACUUGGGACGCCUCCUGGCUGGACAUUUCCGCUCAGUGGUUGGGGAGCCCCUGGUGCUGCAGUACUAUGUCCUCCACCACUGUCCCCUGGAGUCUGAUGCCUGGAACUGCGCCCAUGCAUUGUCCAUUAUCGUAUCAGAGACAGUUGCACGCGCUGAGGAGGAAGAGAAGAUCCCCCUCUUCAUCUUUGAUGAGGCUGAGCACAUGCACAGUGAGAUACUGGAUGCCCUGAUGGAGCUCGUGGUCUCCAAACAGUCAAAUGAAUACUUAAAUGCGAUUUACCUGUUCCUGAGCAAUCUGGGCCACAACCACAUCACCAGACAUCUGCUGCACAAUGCCUCAAGUGUUUCUAUGUCCAUGACAGUAUCUGGGCGUCACAGCAACCUAGUAAAAGAGCUAACUCCACUACUGCGUGACACUCUGGAGAAGCUCCACCCGCUAUGGACAGAGGCAGACAUCUUACCGCUGAGCCUUUUGGAGAAAGAUCAUGUGAUGGAAUGCUUCCUGGAUGAAAUGACCCGGGAGGGGUUCUACCCGGAUCAUGCCCACAUAGAGCGUCUGGCUGGCGAGAUAGAUUACUACCCUUCUGUUGGGGGGCAUGAAUAUGCCCGAACAGGCUGCAAGCAAGUGGUGGCUAAAGUCAAUCUGCUGUGAAAUCCUCUCGAAGAAAUGUUUAUACAUUCCAGAUUCUUCAACCAUGAACGAAUCGUUUAUGGGAAGUACUUUGAAGGAAUAUGGACACAAAACUUGAAUGACAAGACAGAGCCACUGAAUAAGAAGAUUUCCAACAUGACAGCAAGGGCGGUUCACAGACACUGGCAAGGACUUCUGGCUCUGUUAUGUCAGAAAUGGCAUGCAACCCCAUGCAGAGGAGGUCUGGAAAUGUUUGUCUGGUCCACAAACAACCCUUAACCCUUUACUCUAAAGGCAACGUGUAUUUAACAACUAUUAUUAGGCAGCUCAACCAGACAUUAAUGCUGAAGAAAAGAGUGAAGGAGACCUGCUGGCCAGUCACUGAUAAUUCUGCUAUGGUAUCAACAGGGGAAGAACAAUGAUGGACCAAAAAUGACACACAGCACCAAGAGAAGUGCAAGGUCAAUUCACAAUAAAUAAAAUCUAGAGCUUUUAUACAGCUUACAGUGAAAGGUCAAACAUUUAAAAGGUAAUCUGUCAUCUAUCAGUUGCAAAAACUAUUUCCCAUGCUUUAUACACUGGUGUUUCUGAGAAAUUAGAUGCAGAAUCUUGUUGACUUUUGUUUGCAGAUGAGUCUGUAGAAGUUUCAAACAAGACAAUUUGCAAGACAGUAGAUUUAGUUCCAUACUGUGUAAUAAGUAAAGGAUAUGUUUGGAAGGACUGAUAUGCUAAUACAAGAUGAACGGAAAGAGAUGAUUUGCACUAUUGUUGCAAAUUAGUGCUAUCAGGUGGCUAUUUUUUUUUUUUUUUAAUUUUUUGUUUUCUGAAAUCCUGCCGACAUUUGUUUUUUAUGCAAAGUUUAGUCUUGUGGCAUCUCCCCUCAUCUUCCUGUACUGCACAUAUACCAGAUAUCUUCAAGUCCCAAUAUUUCUAUAUACAUUUGUAAGGAUAGGCUAUGAGGCUUCUAUGUGGACAGCAUGUGCCUUGCAAUUAAAUACACAAUUUGAAUGUUGAUGUUGCCAGCAUGUGUUUGAUCAAAUA